AGCACGCACUCCGCCACGGCGCACGGUCGGGCGCGGACUGAGCGCGGGCCGGCGGCGAGCGGGCGGGGCGGCCCCGCGCGGGGCGCCGGCAGGGCGGGCGGCACCUUCGGGCGCACCUCGAACGCUGGCAAACUUCAGCCGAGGUCAGUGCCCGACGGUACGGCUUCCGCCGGAGGGCGCUACCUGUCCGGGGGAGGCACGGGGGAGGCGUCAUUCGGGUUUACAGUGGGCGGAAAGAUCUCUCCGAGAGCUCCUCCCGCGGCGCUCGCUACUCACCGCGCUCCGGAACUUGAAGAACAGCGACAUGCGGGCGCGGCGAGCGGGCUGCGGCCUCCGGCGCACUGCCGCCUCCCGCGGCGCCCGGGGGACGGCGACUCUGCGCCCUGCGGCACGUGGCGACCGCUCCGGAGGGGCGCCGCCGGAGGACCGCAGGCGGGGAGUCGCCGCGCGGCGCAUGCGCGCGCCCAUCGAUCGCCCGCUCGGCCCGGAGAGGACACUUUCCGGGAAACGCCUCCGAGCGGACGUCCUCACGCCGCGCGUCCCGAGAUGAGCGCGCCGAGGGAGCGUGCGCGGUGUGCGCCGUGGGCGCGGUGGGCGCGUGCGGCGUGGUGCGCGUGGUGGGCGCUGGCGGCGGCGGCGCACGACCUGGACCCCGCGGCGUGCGCGGCGCGCUUCGACGUGCAGCGCGACAAGAUCAUCCGCACGGAGGAGUCGCGCGACAUGGGCGCGCGCUACCUGUCGGAGCUGGACGUGGGCGCGCGCGACGAGUGCCUGCGCCUGUGCUGCGAGACCGACGCCUGCGACGUGUUCGUGUUCGAGGAGAAGAGCCCCGGCAGCUGCUACCUGUUCACGUGCGGGCCGCCCGAGUUCACGGCGCACGGCAACUUCAGCAGCGGCGUGCUGGCGCUGAGCCGCCGCCUGGCCGAGCUGCAGGACCGCGAGCGCCUGGCGCAGCGCGAGCGCGAGCUGGCCAGCCUGCGGCGCCCGCCCACCGCCGCGCCCAGCCCGCCGCCGCCGCCGCCGCCGCCCGCGCACAGCUCGCCCGCGCCGCGCGCGCCGCCCGCGCCGCCCGCGCCCCGCCAGCCGCCGCCGCCGCCGCCGCCGCCGCCGCUGCCGACGCGCCGCUGCAGCCGCAACCAGUUCUCGUGCCGCGCGGGCGGCGAGUGCGUCGCCGUGUACAACGCCUGUGACGGCGUGCCGCAGUGCGCCGACGGCAGCGACGAGGCGCCCGAGCUGGGCUGCCCGCCGCCCGCGCCCGCGCCCGCGCCCGCCGCGCGCACGCCGCCGCCGCCGCCGCCGCCGCCCGAGGACGCGCCGGACACCGAGCUGUGGCCGCACCGCCUGGCGCAGGCGCAGCCGCACCGCUACGGCGCAGCGAACGCGAGUCCGGCGGGCGGCUCGCGCAUCUUCAGCCACACGGGCGGGCUGCUGCAGGACAGCGCGUACGAGCCGCCGCGCGCGCCCUGGCCGCCGCGCGCCUGGCCCGACGCGGACGGCGCCUGGGGCUACGCGCGCCUCGACUGGCCCGACGUGGAGCCGCGCCGCGCCUGGCCCGUGCCGCCGCGCCCGCCGCCGGAGCCGCCGUACGCGCCCGCCAAGACGAUGCCGGAGCUGCCGAUGCCGUACGCCGGCCAGCAGCACACGCUGCGCGACGGGCCCAAGAAGGGCUUCGAGCUGCUGAGCGAGCCGCCGCCGCCGCCGCCGCCGCCGCCCGCCGCGCCGCCCACGCCGCCGCCCGCGCGCCCCGCCGCGCCGGCGCCGCCGCCCGCCGCCGGCGCCACCGCGGCGCCGCGGCCGGUGAGCGGGCACUGGUCGGCGAGCGCGGCGGAGCGCGCGGCGGCGCACGGCGCGGUGGUGCUGGAGGCGCACAGCUGGCCCGAGGGCGCGCGCGGCGGGCGCAGCGAGCGGCCGCCCGCCGCCGUGCUGCUGCUGGUGCUGGGCACGCUGCUGACAGCGGCGCUGGGCGCGCUGCUGGCGUGCCGCGCGCGCGCCGCCCGCCGCCGCCGCCGCGCGCACCCGCGCCUGGCGCUGGACGCCGACUACCUCGUCAACGGCAUGUACCUGUGAGGCGCAUGCGUCGAGGUGGCCGCUGUACAUAUUGCUGUAUAUUACUAUUAAGUAGGUGGUGUCUGCGGCUGCGGCGGGUGAGGGACUCGCAUCUUCGCUCCGACUGUACCGUCCGCCUGCCGCCGAGUACACGAGCACCCACAGCCGCUCCGUGUUGUACAGAAUAUUCAUAAUUUGUACAAUUGUACAGUCC